AUGGCGGGAGUAGCAGCGUCCCUCAACGCCGCGUCCCUGUCCGCGCCGUCGCCCCAGGCCCCGGGGGCGACCGCCGCCCGCGGCCGCCUCCUCGUCCCGGCGGCGGCCCGGCGCUUCCCGUCGCUGCGGGCCGCGCGGCGCGUCGUCGCGGCGCGGGCGGCGCCCGUGGACGCCGACGACGAGUGGGGGAAGGAGCCGGCGGUGGGAGGGACGUCGGUGGCGGAGGCGCCCUCGGAGGCUGCCGCGGCCGCGGUCGAGGUGGCGGCGCUCAAGCAGAAGCUCAAGGCGGCGCUGUACGGGACGGAGCGCGGCCUACGCGCGUCCAGCGAGACGCGGGCGGAGGUGGUCGAGCUCAUCACGCAGCUCGAGGCGCGCAACCCCACGCCGGCGCCCACCGAGGCGCUCACCCUCCUCAACGGCAAGUGGAUCCUCGCGUACACAUCAUUUUCGCAAUUGUUCCCACUGUUGGGGUCUGGAAGGCUACAAGCUCUUGUCAAGGUGGACGAAAUAUCACAGACUAUUGAUUCCGAGAACUUUGCGGUGCAGAACUGCAUCAAGUUUUCAGGACCUUUGGCGUCAACUUCAGUGUCCACCAAUGCCAAAUUUGAAAUUAGAAGCCCCAAACGUGUACAGAUCAAAUUUGAAGAAGGCAUCAUCGGCACUCCGCAGCUGACCGAUUCCAUUGUACUGCCAGAGAAGUUUGAAUUCUUUGGACAGAACAUUGACCUGAGCCCGUUGAGCGGCAUAUUUACUUCGAUCGAGAACGCGGCGUCCUCCGUCGCCAAGACCAUCUCCGGUCAGCCCCCACUGAAGAUACCUUUCAGGAGCGAGAGCGCUGGGUCCUGGCUGCUCACAACCUACCUUGAUGCCGAGCUUAGAAUCUCCAGAGGAGAUGGCAGCAGCAUCUUUGUGCUGUUCAAGGAAGGAAGCUCGCUGUCGAUAUAG